UAGCAGGGCUGCCUCUUGUUUUGCGGUCUUGUUUUCUAAGCGUCACCACAGAGCAACUGCAGCGAUCGUCGGGGCAGCAGCACCCGACAGGAACCAGUAUACGAAUCGGUGGAUUUUUACACGUUAUUUUCACGGUUCUGUCAGAACCCUGAGAGAAGAAUCUGUUUUCCCAGGGAGAGUGUUUGAUUUUGGAGAAGACUGACUCACUACAGAGGAGGGUUUUAUUUUAAGGCUGGGUUUGUCAUCAUCGUCUUUUCCAGCGCUGACAUUGUCCACGCUGUCCUGAAGGAGUGUUUCCACUGUGGAGCUUCUGCGUCGCCAAAUGGAUGCGAGUGCGUGAGGAGAAUACUAAUGACCGGAGCGCUGCGUCCUGUCGAGGCGCACCGCGUCCCCCGCUGCUGCUGAGGGCCACAGCAGAGCCGAUCAGUCAUCCAGAGCGCACCGGGGCCUGCGCACCACCUCAGCCUCCACCUGGAGAAUUUUAUACCCUCAACCCAGGAAUUAAUGAGCAAGAUCUGAGCAACAGAGCAGUUUAUUUCCAGAAUCCGGGGUGGAUAAAAACCACCCAGCUGCUCCCGAAUAAAACGCCAAAAUGGGCAACAGCUUCUCCAACAUCUCCGCCUUCCAGUCUCUUCACAUCGUCAUGCUGGGUUUGGACUCUGCUGGGAAGACCACCGUUCUUUAUAGACUCAAAUUCAAUGAAUUUGUCAACACUGUACCUACAAUCGGAUUCAACACCGAAAAGAUCAAACUGAGUAACGGCACCGCCAAGGGCAUCAGUUGUCAUUUCUGGGACGUAGGAGGCCAGGAGAAGCUGAGGCCCCUGUGGAAGUCCUACAGCCGGUGCACUGAUGGGAUCAUCUAUGUUGUGGACUCUGUGGAUGUUGACAGGCUGGAGGAGGCCAAGACCGAACUGCACAAAGUCACCAAGUUUGCGGAGAACCAGGGCACGCCGCUGCUGGUCAUCGCCAACAAACAGGACCUGCCCAAAUCUCUGCCUGUGGCGGAUAUUGAGAAGCAGCUGGCCCUGCACGAGCUCACCCCCUCCACCACCUAUCACAUCCAGCCUGCAUGCGCUAUAAUAGGUGAGGGACUUCACGAGGGUAUGGACAAACUGUAUGAAAUGAUACUGAAGAGGAGGAAAUCCCUGAAGCAGAAGAAGAAGCGGUAACAGCUGCUGAUUCAGUGGACAGUGUUUCAGUCAGAUUUACUGUAAGGAAUCCGGGUUCUGCCAGUGUUGCCCUAAACACAUUUACUUUGCAGUGAUUUUUCAAAAUAUCCUCUGUUUGGAUUAAAGCUGUGAAGCCCUGCUGAAUGAUGCUUUUGCACACAGAAGGCUGCCUCAUCGGCUGCAGGAUAUAAAAUAUAAGAUAAGGUUAACCAAAUAGUAAAAUUAAGAAAAUAAACUUGAAAUGACUCUUGGGAUCUACAGCACUGAGGGAGAGAAACGGGCGGGCCUGUUUUAUCUGCUGUUUUUUCACAGACUUUGAACUCAGUUUGACUUUGAAGAAGCAGCUCCUGUGCUGUCCUCACUGAGGACUUUUAUGGACUCCAAUAUUUUUUAUUUCCAUUCACAGGACGUCCUCUGUGGAAACACAAGUUUGAUUUUGCACGUGGCUCGGGUCCUUUUCACUUGUGCCCCCUGCUCUUUUUUAUUUGGAAAACAGACAUCUGUAGUAUCAGUCUUUGAUUAUGGAUGUCAUGCAGACUGUUUUGUUUUUUGGAGCAUUGAAGUAGCCUUUCCUCUCCGUGGUGGACUGAGGACAGUGUGUCCACUACUUUGCACUUUUCAUUUUCCUAACAAACAGUAGGGAACUACACUGUAUUAAUAGAGGAGCAGAUCCAGGUGGUUUAUGUACUAAGAAGCCAAAAUUGAAGUAUUUUUUGAGUAUUAAAAGAUUUAAAAGCCA